AUGGGCGCAUACCGUUACAUGCAAGAGCUUUGGCGUAAGAAGCAAUCAGAGACGAUGCGCUAUUUGCUUCGAAUACGCUGCUGGCAAUAUCGACAACUCACCGCUAUUCAUCGUGUCUCCAGACCAACGCGCCCCGAGAAGGCUCGCAGAUUAGGCUAUCGUGCGAAGCAAGGUUACAUUAUCUAUCGUGUGAGAGUACGCAGAGGUGGUCGUAAGCGCCACGUCGUGAAAGGUCAAACAUAUGGUAAACCAAAAAACCAUGGCGUUAAUGAGUUGAAAUUUGCUCGCUGUAAACAGUCUGUUGCUGAGGAGAGAGUUGGGCGUCGAUGUGGCAGUCUUCGUGUAUUGAAUUCUUAUUGGGUUGGCCAAGAUUCUACAUACAAGUUCUAUGAAGUUAUUAUGAUUGAUCCGGCUCAUAAGGCUAUUCGAAGAAAUCCAGACACACAAUGGAUAACAAAGCCUGUUCAUAAACAUCGCGAGUUGCGUGGGUUGACGUCUGCUGGUCGCAGAAGUCGAGGUCUUGGUAAAGGACAUCACUAUUCAGCAACGAAGGGAGGUUCACGUAGGAAGUGUUGGUUGCGUCGUAAUACUUUAUCGCUUCGUCGUAAACGUUAA